AUGCCCACCCCAGGCCCCAGCCAUGGUGGCCGAGACGUGCUGCCCUGCAUGUGUGGCUCCAGAACAGACCGGGCUGAAUACGGUUGCUGUCACUCCUGGGAAAUGCCCCAGCACGUGAUGGGGGACAAGCCCUUCGUCUCCAUGCCGCAGCUGGUGCUCCCCAGCCCGCCCUCUGCCCUGGACGACAGGUGUGGCCACACCCCCUCCAGCAGGCGGGCCAUGGCAGCUGGGCCGCGGAGCUCGGAGUGUGGCUGGCGGGCCUUCACCCCCAAAUGCCUGCAGGCCCUCAACACCCCGCGGGGCUUCCUGGGCUUCCUGUGCGCUGCCUCCUUCCUGCAGGGCAUGACCGUGAACGGCUUCAUCAACACGGUCAUCACCUCCAUCGAGCGGCGCUACGACCUGCACAGCUACCAAAGCGGCCUCAUCGCCAGCACCUACGACCUGGCCGCCUGCCUCUGCCUCACCUUCGUCAGCUACUUCGGCGGCAAUGGACACAAGCCCCGCUGGCUGGGCUGGGGUGUGCUGCUCAUGGGCGCCGGCUCGCUGGUGUUCGCGCUGCCCCACUUCACCACGGGCCCCUACCAGGUGGAGGUGGACGAGGGCCUCGGGCUGUGCCGGGCCAACCGCAGCGUGGCAUGUGGGGACCGCGCCUCGAGCCUGUCCAGCUACCGGCUGGUCUUUAUGCUGGGCCAGUUCCUGCACGGAGCGGGUGCCACGCCCCUGUACACGCUGGGGGUCACCUACCUGGAUGAGAACGUCAAGUCCAGCUACUCGCCCGUCUACAUCGCCAUCUUCUACACGGCGGCCAUCCUCGGCCCCGCAGCCGGCUACCUGAUCGGAGGCGCCCUGCUGAACAUUUACACGGAAAUCGGCCGACGGACCGAGCUGACCACCGAGAGCCCGCUGUGGGUUGGUGCCUGGUGGGUGGGCUUCCUGGGCUCCGGGGCCGCUGCCUUCUUCAUUGCAGUUCCCAUCCUCGGCUACCCGCGGCAGCUGCCAGGCUCCCAGCGCUACGUGGCCAUGAGAGCCUCCGAGACACACCAGCUGAAGGACAGGGGCCCCCAGGCGGCCCGCAGCCCCGGCUUCGGGAAAACCAUCAGAGACCUGCCUCUUUCCAUCUGGCUCCUCCUGAAGAACCCCGUGUUCAUCCUGCUCUGCCUGGCUGGGGCCACCGAGGCCACGCUCAUCGCUGGCAUGUCCACGUUCGGCCCCAAGUUCCUCGAGUCCCAAUUCAGCCUCAGCACCUCGGAAGCCGCCACCUUGUUUGGGUACCUGGUGGUGCCGGCGGGUGGGGGCGGCACCUUCCUGGGCGGCUUCUUUGUGAACAAGCUGAAGCUCCGUGGCUCGAGCAUCAUCAAGUUCUGCCUGACCUGCUCCCUGACCAGCCUGCUGGCCAUCCUGGUCUUCUUUGCGCACUGCCCCAACGUGCCCAUGGCGGGCGUGACGGCCCAUCACAACGGCAGGUAAGGGCCCUGCGCUCCAGUUGGGGUUCACGGCGAGGCCACCCGGCACUGGCUGCCGCCCACCACCCGCGUCUCCCACCUAGGCCCUGGCGGCCAGAAGGUGUACCGAGACUGUAGGUGUGUCCUUCAGAAUUUUUCCUCUGGUUUUGGCCAUGCUACUGCAGGGAAAUGCACUUCAACUUGUCAGAGCAAGCCCCUCCUUCUGGUUUUCAUAUUCGUUGUAAUUACCUUUACAUUCCUCAGCAGCAUUCCCGCGCUGACCGCCACCCUACGGUGCGUCGGCGACCAGCAGAGGUCCUUCGCGCUGGGAAUCCAGUGGAUCGUGGUUAGGACUCUAGGGGGCAUCCCAGGGCCCAUUGCCUUCGGCUGGGUGAUUGACAAGGCGUGCCUGCUGUGGCAGGACCAGUGUGGCCAGCAGGGCUCCUGCUUCCUGUACCAGAACGCAACCAUGAGCCGGUACAUGCUCAUCGCCGGGCUGGUGUACAAGGUGCUGGGCUUCCUCUUCUUCGCCGCUGCGUACGUCCUGUACACGUGCCUGCCGGGGUCUCCCCAGGGCCUGGAAGCUUCUCUGCCCAGCCAGUCCUCGGCCUCGGACAGCCCCUCAGACCUCCAAGGUGCCCCCUCAGACCUCCAGAGCAACGUCUGAUGCCUGCCCGCCCACCGGACCCGGGCCGGCACUCAGCGUUCCCCAAAAACCACCGGCUAGCUUCUCCACAGCGGGCUGGCCCCUCACAAUUGCUCCCAGUCUGAGGACUCUUAGAAAACCUCCCAUUAGAUUCUGGGGGGCUCAAGGCAGGAGGGCUGCUGCUCAUGUCUGAGCCUGGGAGGCGGCAAGGAGGACUGUAAGGCAUGGGAAAUGCUGGGGGGGGGGGUGGCGGCCCCCCUGCGGCCCCGCCCGGUGAAGCACCGCCUCCACUCCAGGCCCUGGCCUCACACUCCCGGCUCCCCGGGGACACAGUGGACGCGUUGGCGUUGACGGGCCUCGCUGCUGGCGCUGUGCCCGCUUUGGUUCUGGGUCCUCAGGGAGGGGCCGCCGCUGGUGGGAAGCACUGAGUGCUGGCGGCCGCUGGUGCACAGCCCUGACUUCCUGUGUUCGUCCUGGGGAGGGGCGGCCCAUUUCCGGGUGUGCUCCCCAAGGAGCCAGCUCCUUAUUCACCUGCUGUCACCUCCUGUCCCUGCCGCAGGACCCCGGUGGGAUGGGCGCAUAUAUUUAUGGACCAUUUGCAUAAACGCUUAUUUCUAGGAUCGGUUUCCUACCUGCUGGCUGCUGGGUGAGCGCUCGCUCAGCAGAACCUGUGAUUGCCGCCUGAGGGCGUCGUACUUUCAUGGGAUUGUGUUUCCUGGUGUCCUCAGUCAAUCAUGUGUGUAAAUAUAUUUUACUAUUUAAAACCUA